AUGCAAAAGAAGGCUACAGAAUUAGAAGGAUUAUAUUUAAUUGAAGAUUUUAUUACAGAAACUGAAGAACAAGAAUUAAUACAAGCCAUUGAUUCAGAAAGCUGGUGUGGUAAUGGACCAUUACCAACCUUCACCGAUUUCAUCGUCAAACGAUUUAAACAACAAAAAAUAAUUGAUUUCGAAGAUGAACCAAAAACAUGUAUUAUUAAUGAAUAUGAAGCUGGGCAAGAUAUGAUUACAAACAUUCCAUAUCAAAAGACAUUAUAG